AUGGCAGCAGACCCGCUCACCGCGGCAACUGCUGAUGACCUCUUCAACUAUGACACUACUGAUGAUGAGGAUCCGUUUGGCGAUAAGACGACCAAGGUAACACGCGACGAUAAAGCAAAUUUAAGCCCAAGGUAUACGAAGAGGAAAGCCGAUGAUGGGGACGACGAGCUAGGUAUUGACGAAGAAGUCCAGAUCAAGAAGAAGAGAAAACCCAUUGCCAAACUCGACGAAGCAAGACUUCUUUCAGCACCGGGAAUACCCAACCUGCGUGAAUUAGCAAGGUCAGGGAAGAUUUCGAAGAAACUGCGGUUGAAAGGCAAAGGACAUGAGUUCUCUGAUGCGGCACGCCUACUCAACUAUUACCAGCAAUGGCUGGACAACCUGUAUCCAAGGGCGAAGUUUGCCGAUGGACUGCAAUUGAUCGAGAAAGUUGGUCACAGCAAGCGUAUGAACGUCAUGAGGAAAGAAUGGAUCGAUGAGAGCAAGCCAGGGUACGUCUCUAAAAAGUCGCUGGCUGGAAAGGAUGAGUUCGAGGAUGACGAUCUUUAUGGUGCUGGAGACCCUGCCACGACAGAGAAUCAACUGGAGCAGACAUCGGAUGCUGCACCAAAUGCGUCUCCAGGUGUGGGUAUGGCAAAUAACUCACUGUUCGUUAGCGACUUAAACACAAAUCGAUAUUCCACCGCCAAUGAUGAAUUGCCUGAGGACGAUGAAUUGGAAGCACUUCUGGCCGAGCAAGACGCACGACAAGCACCUUCCAAAGCCCAAACCACGACCAACAUCGACUCUGAAGGCGAAGACGAUCUCGAUGCGUUGCUGGCAGAACAAGAAACUCGACGGGUGCAAGCGCCCACUUCUUCCCACAAUCGCAAUGAGCAACCCAGACCGACUCCUCACGCUCCAUUUGACGACAACGAUGAGGACGAGCUCGACGCGCUUCUUGCAGAACAAGAAGCAGAGGUGCGGCCAAGAUCACCGCUGGCGCAGAUCCAAUCUCUACAAAGCGGACCUGCUGCACCGAAGCGUACAGGUGGCAUCUUUGAGGACGAUGACUUGGACAAUUUGGACGCCCUGCUAGCAGAACAGGACGUACGACAGACCCAACAAACAGUCCCCAGGCCAUCUACUGGGACCACUGUGUCCCUGCCAUACACCAUCGGACGAGACAACGCCUGCGAAGCUUCACAUGAAAACAUCGAGGCACAAGUGGAUCAACCUCUAGCUGAGAACAACGAUGGGCUUCCAUUUCUGCAGACUGCCAGCGAGUUGAUGGCGAAGGAGGCGCAGGAGGCGGAGGGAGAAGAUUUCGAAGCGGAGGGCAUGUUCUCUUCGUCCCCUGCGCCACAGGAAGAGUAA